ACGCGCAUGGCGCGUUUCUAGAGAAAUGCGUUGUCAUGUUCGCGUCCAGUCCAUAGUGCCGAGUGCCGGAACGAGACAGCCAAGUUAACUGUUCGGAAAACGGCGAAGUCAUUUCAGAUUUCCUGCAGAACGGUGAAUAUUUUGGAUAGCCGAGACAAUGUCGGCGAGAUACGACAGAGCGAUCACGGUUUUCUCGCCGGACGGGCAUCUGCUCCAGGUGGAAUAUGCCCAGGAGGCUGUCAAGAAAGGCUCGACGGCGGUUGGAGUACGCGGUGCGGAUGUAGUAGUCUUGGGUGUUGAAAAGAAAUCUGUCGCCAAGUUACAAGAGGAACGUACGGUGCGCAAAAUAUGUCUCCUGGACGAUCAUGUAAUUAUGGCCUUUGCAGGUUUAACUGCUGAUGCAAGAGUAUUGAUUAAUCGUGCACAAGUUGAAUGCCAGAGUCACAAAUUAACUGUAGAAGAUCCUGUUACUUUGGAGUACAUUACAAGGUAUAUUGCAGGUUUAAAGCAGAAAUAUACACAAAGUAACGGCCGUAGACCUUUUGGAAUAUCCUGUCUUCUAACUGGAUUUGAUUACGAUGGUGUUCCACAUCUUUAUCAAACAGAACCAUCAGGGAUAUAUUAUGAAUGGAAGGCAAACGCAACAGGUCGCAGUGCUAAGACUGUACACGAAUUCUUGGAGAAAUAUUACACCCCGGAAGAGGUAUCGACGGAAAAGGGUUGUAUAAAAUUAGCCAUCAGAGCGUUACUUGAAGUAGUCCAGUCUGGGCAAAAGAAUCUAGAAAUAGCGGUAAUGCGACGCGGGCAACCAUUACAGAUGUUGGAUACAGACACUAUAGGCGAAUAUGUAACAGAAAUCGAAAAGGAGAAAGAAGCAGAAGCAGAAAAGAAAAAACAGAAAAAGUGAUGUUUUGUGUUCUACUAUGCACUUUUACUAUACCAUUAUUAAUUUUUCUUAUAAAAAUAAAUAUAUUGCAAGAAAAUAGAAGAGGAAAGCAUAUGAAACGCGAUAAAA